UUUUCAUUCAAUGAAUAAUUAAUGUAAUUAUGAAAUGUAUUUCCAAAGAACAUCUCAUUUGAAUCAAAUAUGAACUCAAUAUAUGGCCGAGUAUUGGGAAACCUAUUGAUAUGGAUUGCGAUCGCAAAUUUAAUUAUUAUCUCAAUGGUCGUCAUCGCAGAUAAUGACUUUGAGAGAAGCCCUGCGAGUAAAACACAAGAAUCGUAUGAAUACAUGAUUCCCUCAAACCUUUAUUUGACGAAAAGGCUAUCGGAAUUCCUCGGCGGACCCGGAAAGCGGUCCGAUUAUGACGACAACUAUGUUUUAAGCAAAAGACUGUCAGAAUUUCUCGGAGGUCCGGGAAAGAAACGUAUGGUUCCCUCGCGAUUUGGGGUCCAAAAGAAAUACUCGGAAUUCUUGGGUGGACCCGGAAAGUAGACUUUAUUUAAUUGAAUGAAUUAAUCUUAAUAAAAAUCCAUUGAAAAUGCAAACACUUUUUUAAAAAGUUAAAACUACAAUAUUAUUACACUGAACAUACAAAUAUUGUAGAUGAAUAUCAAUAAAAAUUGUUAUUAAAUAAUGACAUAAAUUUGUUUAAUUCUGUAGUAGACAUCAGUUAUUUAUUUGUAUAAUUUGUUGUAAUUUAUUCAAUGCAAUCAUUUAUCUCGCCACUGAAUAUUAAUAUCCAAUGCUAUUUCUUAGACUUAUUUAAAUUAUUUAAAUAAAAUAAAAAUGUUUAUAAUAAAUUAUUUAUUAAAAACGUGUGUGAACUUAAUACCGAGUUAAUCUCAUUUUAAUCAAUAAUACCCUCCAUUGU